UCGUGUGAUAAAGAAUCUGUUAUUGUAUCAAUAAUAACUUCAAGUUGUGAUUGUAAUAAACUGUAUUAUCUGUUAUAUCGUCGGUUCACGUUCGAUCGAUCCUCUAAUAGAUAUCCUGGCACCUAGAGUCAAAAAUCCAAGACUCGAGCGGUGCGCGAAAAACUCACGCACGAACGCGACACGUGGCACAAACCGCCACAAAAUCGGUCCGAGAUCUCGAUCCGAGAAACGUGUAGCCAAUAAAAUUGUCGCUUUUCCAUAGAAGCUGUAAAUUGAUUGGUUAUAUAUUUCUCGGAUCGAGAUCUCGGACCGAUUUCUAGCAUCGUGGACACUUACCUUUAGAGUUAUUAGACGUGUUUUUCAUUGUGUAUACAGUUUUAUCUUGGCCCAAUAUUUCUCUAUAUUUAAAAAAAACGACAAAGGUAAACAAAAUACUAUUACAUUGUCAUCUAAAAACAAGAGUAUUGUUUGGAAACAUUUUGUUAAAACCAAAGUUGGUGGAAAAUGUAAAAUAUGUCAAAUGAAAGUAAAAAGUAAACUGGAGGAAAUACAACAAACUUAAAAAAUCAUUUGAAGAGGAAACAUUAUGAAACAUUAAGUGGAAAAAAUGAGAAUAAUAAAUGUGACGAUCGUGCAAUAUUUAACGAAGAUGCCGACAAUCUUGUAAUAAUUAAUAAAGAUGAAACAAAUUCUACGAUAGGUGCAUCGGUACCACUUGUAACCGAUUCUAUAUCUAUAAACUCACCUACUACAUCAACAUGUUCUUCAACAGCAACAAGAAUUGAACCAAUUAAGAGAAGAAUGUUAAAAAAGGCUCAACCGCGAAUUGACAAAACAUUAUUAAAUCUGAAAAGUUUUGAAGAUGGAGGUAAGAAGCAUGGCCAAAUAACAAAUAGUAUUCUUUAUAUGAUAGCGAAAGAUAAUUUACCUUAUAAUACGGUAUAGAAAAAAAGUUUCCAAUAUUUUAUGAAAACAUCUGUGCUUUUGUAUAAAAUUUCUGGAAGGAAAACAAUAACGAAUUUGAUACAAGAGAAAUAUGAACUACUUUCAAAUGUUAUAAAAACAAAAUUAUCUACUAUUGAUCAUUUAUGUUUGACAACGGAUAUAUGGACGGACACGUUGAACACUAAAAAUUAUUUGGGAGUAACAGUGCAUUUUACUUCAAACGAAAAAUUAUCAUCUAUAGUUGUUGGUGUUACUGAACUAAAUGAACGACAUGCUUCAGAUUAUCUUGCACAAUGGCUCUUAUGUAUAUGUUCUGACUGGAAUAUUAAAAAAGAUAAUGUUAUAGCCAUUGUAACAGAUAAUGCACCAAAUAUCGUAAAAGCGAUUAAUGAUACAUUUGGGAAAGGCAAACAUUUGCCUUGUUUUGCGCAUACCCUAAAUUUAGUGGUAACAACGUUAUUAAAAAACAAUGACAAAGUUGCAGAUUUAUGCGAAAAAAUGAAAGCAGUAGUUACAUUUUCAAACAUUCUGUCGCUGCAUCAGAUGAGUUACAAAAAUUUGAAACUAAAAAGUUAAUUCAAAGUGUUCCAACUCGUUGGAAUUCGACAUUUUAUAUGUUAGAACGAUUUAUUGAAAUGUCUGAAAGAAUUAGUUUAAUAUUAUUGAAAUUCCCUCAGGCACCUCCAAUGUUGACAGCUUCAGAAUUACAGCUUGCCAAAGAAAUUAUACAAAUAUUAAGUCCUAUCGAAGCUAUCACAAAAGAAAUAUGUGCUGAAAACUAUGUUACAGCAAGUAAAGUAAUACCAUUAAUUAAUUGUUUAAAAAAUACAAUUAAUAGUUUACUUGAAAGUCUAAUAUCAAAUGUAGCUAUAGAGCUCCUUCAAUCACUUUCUAUCGGCAUUGAAACAAGAUUUGGAGCUAUAGAGCAAAUUUCUAUUUUAGCUAUAUCAACGAUUCUAGAUCCGCGGUUUAAACGAUUACAUUUUAAUAACCGUAUCGUCUGUUCACAGGCAAUUAAUAAAAUAGCAAGGCAAAUAGACAAUAUAAAUAUCGAUAUACCAAACAAAGAAAAUGCAGUAUUGAUGAAAAAUAUAUCCUUAAAUAAUAUAUGGUCGUUUCAUGAAAAUCUUAUAAGUAAUACUAAAGUUGUCCGUGAUAAAUCGGAGGAUAUUCCAAUGGAUUUGAAACAUUAUCUUAAUCAAUCAACGAUUGAAUUAACCGAAGAUCCCGUAUAUUAUUGGAAUAAUAUUUAUAAUUCAAUUUAUUCAUCUCUGACAGUAAUUGCAAAACAAUAUUUAUCAGUUAUGGCAACAUCAGUUCCAUCAGAACGCUUAUUCUCAAAAGCGGGUAAUAUUGUAACGGAAAAUAGAAAUAGAUUAACACCUGAACAUCUGCAACAGUUGUUAUUUUUAAAUUCUUUAGAUUUACAUGAAUGGAAAAUAAAUAAAUAA